AUGACAAUGGAAUCACCAGUAUUGUACAAACAGAACUUGGGUCAUGACCAAGAUCGUGCUGUAGAAAAGAGAAACCAAUUCCUGGAGAAGGAGUUGGAGUACUUCAAGAGUGAGCUAAACUCUACAAGGAGGAUAUUAAAUGAGCGAGAUAAUCUAUUGUUACAUCUACAAUGGGACGAGGAGGAUGCUCACAUCGACUUUGAGGGACAGAAGAAGAAGACCACGCACAAGAAGUCAAAGGACAAGGUGUUGACUGAGGAGCGACAGAAGAUCAAUCGUCUACGUACACAGAUGAAGCUGAUGGAGACAGCAUUGGAGGAACGCGAUCAGAACAUCAUGCGUCUGGAGAAGGAGCUGUCAGACACCAAGGUCGUACAUCAACACAACAUUGAGACGAUGCGUGCAAAGAGAGAGAGUCCACAGCGUAGCAAGACUUCAUGGGGCUUCCGCACAGCAUCAUCCUCCCCACUGCCUCAAUACAAGCCAGCCUCUCCAUCAUUGACAACAAGCCCGGGCAAGAUGUCUUCGCCACUAGCUACAUCGUCAUCAAGUCCAUCAUCAUCAUCUCCUUCAUCAUCUACUACUAGUUCACCAGCAAUGGCUUCACCAAGCAUUGCCGGAACAACCAGUGGAGCAACAGGUGGUCAAUCAUCAUUUGAUGCCGAGUGGAGAAAGAUGAACAAGAAGUCAACCAGUGUCUUCACGUUCAAGAAGAAGAACAAGCCAACUCAUUCAAAUGUCCAGGACACCAACUGGAAUCAA